UAUUCCGUUUACGACAGUUGAUACAGACGGUUUUGUGACACUUGUAUCUAUAUGUGUGUUUCUUACGUACAACUGUGGAAAGGCUUAAGCACAAACGCAACAACAGCAACCCAUCUGAAGUACGCCUUACGACUGUGGGCUAACAGACAUCAACGAGCAACUCAAAGAUUGGAACAUCAGAUUGAUCAACACAGUGGACCAACUUAAGGUUGGUCUCUACAACAAGUAGAGACUCUCUGCUGUUAGAGAGGGAGAGAGAGCUGUGCUAAGAUGGGCUUCACUGAAGUGACAGACAAGGAGCAGCUCUUGGGGUUAGCUGAAAGAAUUAAGCAAGAUUUCCCACAAUCAUGUUUGAUGUACAACAACCUGCUGCUCCGUGCUCGAGGGUUCUGCUCCACGAGAAGAUUCUUCAUCAUUGAAGAUUCCCUAGACUCUUACGUCAUCCUAAACCAGAGCAACGAUCAGCAUUCGUAUUUCAUUCCCUACUGCAGAGAAUAUGAAGUGGAUCAGUUGAUGAAGGCACUGGAGGAAACGUCCUUGGUAAAUUGGCGGGGAGACUUGUUGUUUGGAGACAUCCAGACGUUCCUAGUGAACCCAAUUCAGGCAUUGGCUCAAAAGAUGGGAGUCAGUCUCACUGAGGAUAGAUACUACCGCUUCACCUACCACCCUCACCUAGACACCGAGUCCCUCAGGAUCAAACCAGCCACUCAUAGUGUGUGGGUAGCUCAUUUCAAUGCUGCUGAGAAUUACUAAAUUUUCU